UAUUUACUGUAAUAAUUAGAAUGUCUUUAAACUAUAUGUUCUACUUUCAGAUACCAUGGGUUUGAGAGUUAACCUUGUUCAUCUCACCAUCAUCCACCUUGUCUGCUGUCGACCGUGUAUUAUAUCAGAUGAGCAGAGGACAGCAGAUUGUACAUAUCGGAAUUUAACCAAGAUACCAAAUCUAUCCAACCUGACAGAGUAUCUGGAACUUACGGGAAACAACUUCACAACUCUAACAAAUUUGUCUUUUCAUCAUCUUCCUCUGUUGAAAACAUUAAAUCUAAGCAGGUGUCGUGUCAAUCACAUUGAAGGACAAGUGUUUGGAAAUCUUGGACAACUGAUGAAUUUAUCAAUGAGUUACAACUUAAUAAACAUCUUACACAAAAGAUUCGAACACUUACGCUUUCACAGGAACCCUUUACUGACACAUCUGGAUAUAUCCUACAACACCAGGGCGGUGUUAAAACAGAUCGACAGCGUCUAUCCGGACAAGGUGUUCGCAUCGCUUGCGAGUGUUCAAGAACUUAUCAUAGAUCUGCUACCUAAUCCCGUAUUCGGGCAAGGCUUUGAAAAUAUGACAAACAUUGCAUCAUUGAUCUUCAGGGAUUGUGCUAUAAUGCAUCUAAAGAAUGACACAUUCAAAUAUUUCCAGAACCUGACCAAAUUAACAUUCUUACAAAUGUCCAACUGCCAGGUCCAUAUCGAACCGUGGGUGAAAGUAGAGACAGCCGUCCUUCAAUAUUUCCAUUCACUUCAAUAUCUCGAUCUCUCCGGAACUAGGAUAACAUUUCCCGUUGCCAUGGAUAUUCUGUUUGGACUAACAGUAACAACUAAUCAGAGUCAUCCUGUAAGAAAAAUGAAAGUUUUAAAUCUGUAUAACGUGAAUCCUAUAAAACUUCUAUGGCUAUAUGAUGUGAGUUAUACAGUAAAACUAACUCAAACUCUCGCCAGGCACUUCAACAACCUAUGUAUUGAGGAUGUCAAUAUUGGUAAAAAUGGUAUUGUAGAAGUAGAGGUUGAUGCAAUACAAAGCUUUAUUGACAACUCUUGCUGGAGACGACUUGUAAUGCGAGAAAACAAUUUUCUUUUACCUUUUCCAAAAGUUAUGUUCGCUAUUGUGAGAUUUCUUGAGCUUGCUGUCAAUCUCAAUGAAAUAGACUAUUCCUAUAUAGCUAUUCAGUUCUCAGAUGUUGAAAACAAAUUUUCGACCGCUGUUAAAAAUGUGGAUGGUAAUUUCAGGGAAGAUUAUAACUCUUAUGCGGAAACAAAAUGGCAAAAUAUCCGCAAGUUUUCGACCGUGAAAGAAGAACGAUGUGUAAUUCCAAUCAUGUCAAAACACUUGAGUCAUCUCCGUCUAUCCCAUCUGUUGUUCCCAUUUUCAAUCCAAUGUGACAUCGACGUUUCGAAGUCCCCGAUGUUUACUUAUCUUGACCUUUCCUAUACAACUAUAGCAGACAUGGACUUCAAAAUCAUCAAUGCGAGCCUAUCGCACCUGGACGUGUCUGGGAUGAAUUUUGCAACCACAGGCAGCAGACUGUUGGGAAAUCUAGAUCGUGUAAAGACACUUGUAAUUCGUGACGCCAAUCUCGAUAGGGCGUUCAGUAACGGCAAUUACAUCUUCAGAUAUAUAAAAGGCCUAGAAGAACUUGAUAUUUCCUCAAACCAUCUGAAUAGUUUGCAGGACGAAACACUUGAGGGCUUAGACAGUUUGCGGGAAAUAAAAUUGACCUUGAAUUUCCUUAGCGGUUUUCCUCGCGGAUUACUCAAAAUGGCGAACUUGACCCACAUUGAUCUUAGAUUUAACAAAUUAUUAUUCCUCGAUAAGGCUGCUCGUGAUUGGUUGAAUGAGAGGAGCAAGGAGACUGGUAUUACUGUGUUAAUGGACGGGAAUCCUUUUACGUGCACGUGUGAUACAAUGGAGUUUGUUUCGUGGAUUAUAACAACAAAAGUUAAUUUUCAUUACGGACAUCCACCAAACUACAACUGUACUUUAAAAGACGGUUCCAUUGUUAAUAUAAAACAUGUAUACGAUAACCUAGACGAUUUCUUCGGUGAUUGUAACGACCAUUUGUUCUGGUUACAAUUCUCUAUAUCAGCAAUUAGUUUACUAGUUUUAUCUCUCGUUUUAGCUGUUAUUUGUCACACUUUCAGGUGGAGAAUUUUAUACUUCUUUUAUAGGCACUGUAAAAUCAAGCACGGCUUGGAAGAUGCAACUUGCUAUGACUUCGAUCUCUUUGUUGCUUACACUGCGGCGGAUUCUCCCUGGAUUUGGCAACAGCUGAGGCCGAAACUAGAACUACAACAACAUAUACAACUUUGUCUGCACGAGCGCGAUUUUGAAGUCGGGGAAUCUAUUUCUCAGAACAUUGUGAACUGUUUACAGAAGAGCAAGAAGAUAUUAUUCGUGAUCUCGGAAGAGUAUAUAGCUGCUAGAUGGUGCGACUUCGAACUUGAAAUGGCAAAUAUGGAACGAGUACAGCGAGGGUGUACAAACUCUAUCAUCGUGGCCAUUAAAGGAGAAAUACCAGUCGACGAUAUGCCUCGUCCGAUUAGGACAAUCUGGCAACAUGUCGCAUGUAUCAUAUAUCCGCUUGAUGAGUCAGAUAGGAAUGCUUUCGAACUGUUCUGGUGUCGAUUACAUCACAGCAUUACUUCUUAAAGUAUCUUUUUAACGGCUGCUACAAAAAUAAAACAGUUUAUAAUAGGAUGGAUUGUGAGACAAUCAUGCCAGUGGUGGAUAGAAGAGACAGUCAGCUCAGUUGUGGAUGGACAGUAAGACAACCAGCUCAAUGCUGGGCGGUAAGUGAGACAUACAACUCAGAUUUGGAUGGGAAGUGGGGAAUCCAGCUCAGUGGUUGAAGAGUAUAGAGACAACUAGCUCAGUGGUUGAUAGGUAGUGAGACGUCCAGCUCAGCGUCGGAUAGGUAGAGAGACAACCAGCUCAGUGGUGGGUGGGUACAGAGACUAUCAGCUUAAUGGUGGAUGAGUAGAGAGACGACCAGCUCUGUGGUGGAUGGGUAGAGAGACGACCAGCUCAGUGGUGGAUGGGUAGAGAGACAACCAGCUCAGUUGUGGAUGGUUAGAGAGACAAUCAACUCAGUGGUGGAUGAAUAGAGAGACGACCAGCUCAGUGGUUGAUGGUUAGAGAGACAAGGAGACAUAGGAGCGUGGGUAGUGAGACAACCAGGUCAAGGAUGGGUGGGUAAAGUAUCUUUUCAAUUGCUGUUAGAAUAAUUUCAGUUUAUAGUAGGAUGGAUAGUGAUGCAUUCAUGUCUGUGAAGGAUGAGUAGAGACAGCAAGCUCAGUUGUGGACGAAUAGUAAGACAACCACCUCAGUUGUUGAUGGAUAGUAAGACAACCAGCUCAGUUGUGAAUGGAUAAUAAGACAACCAGCUCGGUGUUGAACGGUUAGUGAGACAUCCAGCUCAGUGGCGGAUUGAUUGAGAGACAAUCAGCUCAGUAUUUGGUAGGUUGGGAGACAACCAGCUCAGUGGUGGUGAGUAGAGAGACAACCAGCUCAGUGGUGGAUGAGUAGAGAGACAAACAGCUCAGCGUUUGAUGGGUAGAGAGACGACCAGUUCAGCGGUGGAUGGGUAGAGAGACAACCAGUUCAGUGUUUGCUGAGUAGAGAAACGAUUAGCUCAGUGGUGGAUGUGUAGAGAGACGACCGACUAGCUCAGUGGUGGUUGGGUAGAAACGACCAGCUCAGUGGUGGAUGGGUAUUGAGACAAGACAGAACUGAUAUUCCCGCAAGUAUCAACACAAUUAAAUUCUCCAGUUAAGUUAAAGCUGUGAGACAUUUAGAUAACUCUCUAUCGUGGAUAAAUAGGUUAACGAUACCGCAAUGUCCUGUUAUCACCAAAUCAGAAGCAUUGUGGGUCUAUGGCAGUUCAUUCUGUUACUUCUCGAUAUGACUGUGAUAAUGCUGUGCUCUUUAGUGAAGCUGAUACAAUGAGUAGCCGCCUACAGAUGGCCUAGAACAUUACUACCUGACCGGGAGGUACACAUUCUUGUCAAAUACAAGAGAGAGGUUAACACUCAUCUGUUACUUUUACAGUCUCUUGCAGGCAUCUAGACUGACAACCUGUCCCAAGUAUUUGUUAGAAUUUCUC